UAUUUUCUUAUUUUUGUGUAUUGUAGGCCUAGAUCUAGAAAUCUAGUCUAAAAUCUAGAUCUAGAUCUAUCUAGAGCUCGAUUUAGAUCUAAACCACAUUUAACUUGUUACAUUCAUAAUGGUGGACAAAAGUUCUUCACAGAUUGAUAAUGGGUUAGAAGAAAGACGCCACAGGAGAGAUUUAAAAAUGUAUUAUGGUUUAGAAAAUGGAGAAGCAGAAAAUGGUAUUCAGCAAGAAAAUUAUUAUCUUCCCCAAACAACUGAUCCCUGCAAUAUUGAUGGUGCUAAUUUCCAACCUCAAAAUUAUCUCUCUAAACUAAUUCAGGAGAGGUCUCUGACAGAACUAAUGGAUGAAGAACAGAAAAUGGUACGGGAUAUACGUGGAUUGGACAGUGAUAUGCAGACACUAGUAUAUGAAAACUACAAUAAAUUUAUCAGUGCAACAGAUACAAUUAGAAAGAUGAAAAAUGACUUUCGCAAAAUGGAAGAUGAAAUGGAUCAUCUAGCCAGUAACAUGUCAGCAAUCACAGAGUUUUCUGCCAACAUCAGCAGCACUCUACAAGACAGACGUCAGCAAAUAACAAAACUGGCUGGUGUUCACUCCUUAUUGAAAAAGCUUCAGUUUCUUUUUGAACUUCCUGCUCGUUUGAAUAAAUGUAUCGAAAUGGAGGCUUAUGUGCAAGCUGUAAGAUAUUAUACCAAAGCACAAAGAGUUCUUCAUCAGUACGAACACAUGCCAAGUUUCCAAGGAAUUAAUACUGAUUGUGGUGCAAUAAUUAAAAAACUCAGAGGCAAGCUCAGGGAGAAAUUCAGGCAAAAAGAGUCCACAGCUAAGCAGCUGACAGAAUGUGUUGAUUUGUUGCUACAACUUGGUGAACCAGCUGAAUCUCUGUGUGAUGAGUUUUUAUCUCAUGCUAAACAUAAGCUGGAUGAAGAUUUGCAAGAACUGGAUAAACAGAUAAAGCUGUAUUCAGGGGAACUCAAUCCAGCAUCUGACCAACAUCCAGCACAGGCAUAUCUAAGUGCUGGAAUGGAUGUUUUAGAGUUUGUUGACUCUGGUUGUAACGGAUUUUUGAGUAAUAUUUGUCUGGUUAUAGCAUCCUACAAUGAUAUGUUCUUGAACAGACCUCAAACUGAUGAAUCAUUGGACACAAUAGCUUUAAGAAAAUUAGUACUGUUUGUUAACGAAUUGAUGGAGCAGUAUUUUAGCUUUGUUCGCCAAAGAGUCCAACUAGAGAAAGAGACUGGAGAUAAUACGAUACUAGUUCGAGCACUGGAUCGUUUUCACAGAAGAUUGCAGGCCAUGAACAAGCUACUUCCUGACACAGAUUUUUCCAGAGCUGGUACAGAGAUUGUAUCAAAGGGAGCAAGGGACAGAGUAGCACAUUACUUGCAGUCUUUAAAACAACAUUUUGCUGAUUGUCUGACUGAUAUACGACAAAACUUGGCAGCUCCAAGACUUGUUGGUAAACAAGACAAUAGUGCUCGAUUAGCAGAGUUGCUAGGCAACAUGCAAAGCUCUGUUGUGGAGCAGAUCAAAUCAGUGCUCGGAAAUUUACAGGCUUUCAUAGCAUCAGACAUCACAUUUGCAAUGAAACCCUACUUUAGAGGACCUUUCUGUAGUCAGGAUGUUAGAGAAGGUCUGGUGGUGGCUUUUGUUAAACAUGUGUGCACUGUUUGCAAUGACUUUUGUGAAGCACCUGGAGACAAGACGAUGAGUCCACCAGCUCUUCUCAUGAUUUUAUCACGAUUUUGUAUUGAUUUGGAAAACGCAACAAUAUCUUAUCUGCUUUCCCUAGCUGAAGAGCAGUUUAUGGUGGAGGAUAAAACUUGUAUCACAGCAACCACGGAACUAUUUGCAAUGGCAAAAGACACAGGGCAGCGGCUACUCAAUCAUUAUGUCAGAGUACAGGGCCUUACUAUAUCACAGAUGUUACGUAAAAGUGUUGAAACCAGAGACUGGCUUAACACCAUAGAACCACGGAAUGUUCGAGCCGUGAUGAAACGUGUAGUGGAAGAUAUUACUGCCAUUGACAUGCAGGUUGGACAGCUGUAUGAAGAAGGUGUAAGGAAAGAGCGUAGUAGUGACUCCAGUAGGAGAACCCAUGCCCUAAGUGCAACUCAGCAAAAUAGAAGACCUCAGUGGAACUAUGCUCCAAGUGUUGAUAAUAGUCUAAUGAGCAACAUCCAGAAACUUUUCUCUGAGAAAAUUGAAAUUUUUAGCGCAGUGGAGUUUUCAAAAGUCUCAGUCCUUACCGGCAUUGUUAAAAUUAGUCUUAAGACAUUCCUAGAGUGUGUACGGUUAAGGACAUUUGGAAAAUAUGGACUGCAACAAAUCCAGGUUGAUACUCAUUAUUUGCAGCUGUAUCUGUGGAGAUUUGUUUCUGAUGAAAAUUUGGUGCAAGUUUUAUUGGAUGAAAUUGUGUGUAGUGCUGUGCAUAGAUGUGUUGAGCCUGUCAUGAUGGAACCUAGUGUGAUUGACCUUAUCUGUGAACGAGGAUAAAACUUCUAAGCCAAGUUUUGCUUAUUGUAUUUUUAUUAGCUGUUCGUAAAAAUUAAAUAUAUGCAGAACCAGUUUAGCUGUAAAUACUACAGUUGAUUAAUAUGUGGGAGGUGGUUUCAAUGGGUAGCCUGAUUAGAUGUUUACUGUUCAUGUGAUUACAUUUUUAAAAAUAUCUUUUAUUAAAUCGUCUUAUUUAUUGUUUACAGUAUCAAAUGCAUUUAUUUGAAUAAUUUAUUCAUUAUAUGUUUGUAAAAGAAGAAUGCAUGUCUCAUUACACAAAUUAAUUUAAAAAAUAGGUUAAGUAUUUGUGAGUUAGGUGAUGAUACAUUAUUAAAA